CGGCGGCUCAGGCACAAGAUGGCGGCGGCGGCCGAGUGAGCGGCCGGCGGCCGCCGCGACCCCGCGAGUUCCCCCCCUUUUCCCCUCCCUGCUCUCACAAGCAUCUCGGGGGCCGCUUCUCCUGUUUCCGGAGCGCGCCGAGAGCCGGGGAGCGGCGCAGAGCCGCGCAGGGGGGGCCGCCCGCCCGAGGGGCCCGGCGGGAGCUGAGCGCGGGGUCCGUCCUUGGCUGCGCCGCUCUCCCCCCCCACCGCCCCCUCCAACCCCUUUCCCCUCCUCGAGGGCGGCCGUAGAGCCCUCGUUGUCCCGCCGAGCCGGCCGGGAGGGCCCGAGAGCCGCCCUUCGCCAUGGCGAGCAGCAGCGGCUCCAAGGCCGAGUUCAUUGUCGGAGGCAAAUACAAGCUGGUGCGGAAGAUCGGGUCGGGCUCCUUCGGGGACAUCUAUUUGGCGAUCAACAUCACCAACGGGGAGGAAGUUGCUGUGAAGUUGGAAUCUCAGAAGGCUCGGCACCCCCAGCUGCUCUAUGAAAGCAAACUGUACAAGAUCCUGCAGGGAGGAGUUGGCAUCCCACAUAUACGGUGGUAUGGUCAAGAAAAGGACUACAAUGUUCUAGUCAUGGAUCUUCUGGGGCCCAGCCUGGAAGACCUCUUCAACUUCUGUUCUCGCAGGUUUACCAUGAAAACAGUACUUAUGCUAGCAGACCAGAUGAUCAGUAGAAUUGAAUAUGUGCACACAAAGAAUUUUAUACACAGAGACAUUAAACCAGAUAACUUCCUAAUGGGUAUUGGGCGUCACUGUAAUAAGUGUUUAGAAUCUCCAGUGGGGAAGAGGAAAAGAAGCAUGACUGUUAGUACUUCUCAGGACCCAUCUUUCUCAGGAUUAAACCAGUUAUUCCUUAUUGACUUUGGUUUGGCCAAAAAGUACCGGGACAACAGGACAAGGCAACACAUACCUUACAGAGAAGACAAAAAUCUCACUGGCACAGCUCGAUAUGCCAGCAUCAAUGCACACCUUGGCAUUGAGCAGAGUCGUCGGGAUGACAUGGAGUCUCUAGGCUAUGUAUUGAUGUACUUUAACAGAACCAGUCUGCCUUGGCAAGGAUUAAAGGCUGCAACAAAGAAGCAAAAGUAUGAAAAGAUUAGUGAAAAGAAAAUGUCCACUCCUGUUGAGGUUUUGUGUAAGGGGUUCCCUGCAGAAUUUGCCAUGUAUCUGAACUACUGCCGUGGCCUGCGCUUUGAAGAGGCACCAGAUUACAUGUAUCUGAGGCAAUUAUUCCGUAUUCUUUUCAGGACCUUGAACCACCAGUAUGACUACACAUUCGACUGGACAAUGUUAAAGCAGAAAGCAGCACAGCAGGCAGCCUCUUCCAGUGGGCAGGGGCAGCAGGCCCAAACCCCCACAGGCAAGCAAACUGACAAAUCCAAGAGUAACAUGAAAGGUUUCUGAGCAUGGCGAGGAUGGGACAAAGCAGAGCAGAUCGGAGCAGGACUUGUCACUCCCCAAAUCCUAGAAAUUUUAGUUCGUACACUUGCCAGUGGCUGUGGGCAACCAUUUCCUUGGUGUAAAGAACUUAAUAUCAAUAUAAACUGGCUCUGGGCAGUGUCAGUGAUGCUGCACUUUGAGUUGUAGCAGCUGUAAUUGUGAAUAUUACUGAGAUAGUGAAACAUGGUGUCCAGUUUUCUAUUGCAUUUUUUUCAAGUGGAAAAGUUAACUAAUGGUUGACACACAAGUGGAGAAAAUUGUGCAUAUGCCAAUUUUUGUUACCUUUUUACUUUGAACUACACUGCUUAUGAGAUCUCAUUGUUUUGGAAGAAUGGCAUGAACAGUCUUCGGCAACAGUUGUGAUAAUUGUAAAUGCUCACAAUUGUGCACUCUUUUCUGGUUAUUCCUCCCUGGGUUUUGAAAGUUGUACACUUAAAACAUUCUUAAAGUUGUUGGCUUCUAUGUGCAACAUACCAAGCCAGCUGACAUGGUAGUAACCAAAGAUUCCAGUUUUUAAGCAUAUGAAAGACUCUGCCUGCUUACCUGUGCUAGAAAUAACAGCAUCUAAAGUGAAGACUUAAGAGAAACUUAGCGACUACUAGAUAAUCUUUAGGACUCUGCAUUAACUCUAUAAUGUUCUUGGUAUAAAAGGAAAAACAGCAUAUUUGUCACGAAAUUUAGUUAACAUCUUACAACUGAACCUGUAUGUAAGUUGCUUAGAUAAAUGUAAUCACUGUAAACAUCUAUAUGAUCUGGGAUUUUGUUUUUAUUUUGAAGCGGGAGCUUUUUUGUUUACAAGUUCAUUAAAAACUAAAAACUGUUUCUGUAAGGAAA